AUGCUCUUCCUAGCAGCUCUUCUCUUUUCCCUCGUAUACGCCUCCCCUCGUCUUCCCCCCCACCAUCAUGCAUUCCAUGCAGCCCCCGCCACGAAGCCUCUCACCCUUUCCGUCCGAUCUGGUCUAACUCUCGACGCAUGCAAAGCCGACACUGACUGUUUCGACAGUCGUCUCUGCUAUAAGAUAUCCGCCACCGGCUUUGACCUCUGCCGUAGUCGCGACACUGCCUGCUUCUGUCGACCCCCGACAUUCACCACAUGCAAAACCCUGCGCGACUGCAUCAAUGGUGAAGUGUGCGCCAAAACGGAUUUGGCCAACCCAGCCAUCUGCGUCUCGAAGGAAGCGGAGAAGGAAUAUUCCAACAUCAACGAGGCAACCGAGUUUCCAAGUGGACCUAACAGGCCUCCUAGGAACCCAAGACCAAGCCAUGGCGGUGCGGGGAGGCGUAGUGUGUCCCCGAGUCCUUCUGCGAUGGAUGUCGUGACGCCGUCACUGGAGCCGUCACCAGAUUUAGAGGCGGCUGAAUCCCCAGACCUUUCUCCGGAACCGAGCGUGGCUGCGACGGAUGAGGGCUUUCCCUCACGCUCACCGACUCCGUCUCCAGGGUUCCCUCUGGUCGGGCAAGGUGACCCUGAGUCUGUAUGUAUUGAUGCGAACGCUCUGAAGCAUGUCGCGCCUCGGGAGCUCAUAUUUGAAUCUCAUCGAUGGGCGAGGGUGCUGUGUGAUGAGUAUGGUAGUUGUGCUACGGCGGGGCAUAUGGUGAAGUCUGAGGGGAAGGCUAUGAUGAUGGGAACGUUUUGUCGAUAUGUGGGUUGUGUGGAGAAGGCGAUGAUGGUGAACAGUCCAAAGUAUAGAAGAGGAGCUUCUAUCAGGUCAAAAACGAAAGGAUUGGUGUAUACCGCUUUUGCAGCGCGAUAUCAGUCGCGUGUGGAGGAACUCAUCAUUGCUGCUGCUGUCCGAUGGGGUUUGUGAUUUUACAGUACAUAUAUUACGGCUUGAAGAAGAUAUAUGUUCACUGUUCACAAUGACUGAGGGACAUUGUUGCGGAGAAGCGCUUACCGAAGGUUCGAGAAUGAGAAAAUUCGCAAGUUCUCGAUGAGAUGAUCGUUGCAUGUCUUAUUUUUCGUGCUGUGUCGAGUGUCUUGAUAUUUUGGGGUUUUUAGUCAGAGGACAUCUUGACAUCCCGUCAAGAAAGGCAGAGUAGUGUUAUUUUAUGUUUAUGCGUGUACAUGACAUUCCAGCUGGGCAUUGUGCAAGCAACACAGCCACUUCCUAUCAAGGCAUCAGGAUACAAACGUGAGUAUAAAGGUGAAUAUAGGUUUUAGUUAA